AUGGCCCGUGAAGCACCGGACUUCCCGCAGCUGGAACUGGAGGCCGUUAUUGGCUUCAAUGGACAUGUGUUUUCUGGCCUGAUUGUCCACCCAGACAAAGAGCACCUGAUCUAUCCUCUGGGAUGUACAGUCAUCCUGAAGAAAACCAGCACCGGCAAGCAGGAGUUCCUGCAUGGACACACCAACAACAUAUCCUGCAUUUCAGUUUCCAAGAGUGGACAGUACAUUGCAUCUGGGCAGGUCAACUUUUUAGGCUUCAAGGCCAAUAUAAUUGUUUGGGACUUUGAAAAGAGAACAGUGUAUGCUGAGUUUCUGCUCCACAAGGCGAAGGUGGAAUCACUAGCUUUCUCUCCCAGUGACAAGUACCUGGUGUCCCUUGGGGGUCAAGAUGACGGCAGUAUCGUUUUGUGGAAUAUCGAGACAAAGCAAGCUGUUUGUGGGAGCCCAGCAUCUGCUCAGAGUGCAGGUCACUGCAUGGCUCUGAAAUACUCAAACUCUAAUGACAAUGUCUUCGUUUCUGCUGGCAGUGGCACACUGCGGGUCUGGGAACUGGACCUCCCCAACAGAAAGAUCAGGCCCACAGAGUGUAACACUGGGAAACUGAGGAGGAUUGUGAAAUGUUUAGAGAUUUCAGAAAAUGACCAGUUCAUUUUCUGUGGUACCACAAGUGGCGACAUACUGAAAAUCAACCUGGGAACAAGACUUCUGACCGACUGUGGCCCCAAAAAACCCAAAUACAGUGUGGGUGUCAACGUCAUCCGGACCCUGCCUUCUGGAGAACUGCUGGUCGGCUCUGGUUGUGGGACCGUUGCUUUAUGUUCAGGGACAGAUUUCAAAAUUACCAAGAAAGCUAAACUUGGACAGGGGGUGACCUCCAUUGCUCUCACUGAAGAGGGACAAAAGUUCUUUGUUGGGACAGAGUCAUCGGAGUUGUAUUGCUUCACUCUUGAGAACUUUGAACCAGAAAUCAUCUUCAGCAGCCACAGCAGUGCUGUCAACGAUGUUGCCAUCCCAUUUGGAACCUCAGAAUUAUUUGCAACCUGCUCGCAGAACGACAUCCGGCUGUGGCACAUUGACAGACCCAAAGAGCUGCUGCGCAUCACGGUCCCCAACAUGACCUGCAACGCCCUGGACUUCAUGCUUGAUGGACACAGCAUCAUCAGUGCUUGGAAUGACAGUAAGAUUCGAGUGUUUGGACCGGAAAGUGGAAAACUCCUCCUCAUCAUCCAUGAUGCACACCGAAUGGCAGUGACAGCCAUCGCUGGCACCAGGAACUGCAAGAUGAUCGUCAGUGGAGGAGGAGAGGGACAGGUGCGUGUUUGGGAGCUGCACUCACACGGCCAUCGGUUACUGGAGACUAUGAAGGAGCACAAAGCCGCCAUCACGUCUAUCAAAAUUAAGAGUGAUGACAAAGAGUGUGUCACCGCCAGCGCUGACGGGGCCUGCAUCGUCUGGGAUAUUGUGCGAUUUGUCAGCCUUCAAAUGAUGAUCGCCAAUACGAUGUUCAGGACGGUGUGCUACCAUCCGGACGAAUACCAGAUCAUUACCAGUGGCACGGACAGAAAGGUUGCUUACUGGGAGGUGUUUGACGGCUCCACCAUCAGAGAGCUGGAGGCCUCAAAAUCCGGAGCCAUUAAUGGCAUGCACAUCACACAGGACGGCAGGCACUUCGUGACGGGUGGCGAUGACAAGCUGGUGAAGGUGUGGGACUACACAGAAGGCCAAGUAUCACACGUUGGGCUGGCUCACGGCGGCAGCAUCACCAGCGUCAAGAUCUGCUCCAACAACCGCAUUUUAGUCAGCACCAGCGCCGACGGAGCUAUCCUCCGUUGGAGGUUCCCUCACCCGUCUGUGGAGUAG